CGGCGUGCGGGGCGUGGCUUUGCAGUGGCUGGAUAGCUGUGGCCCUGUGAGGAUGGCUGCGGUUCGGUGUUCUGUGGUGCUGUGUGCGGUGGUGACGGCGCUAUGUACCGUGUGUCAUGUUGUUGCAAUGGAGACCUAUACACCAGAUGAAGUAUUUAUUGAAAAUGGAACACAAGUAAAAUUACCGUGUUCUUUUGUAUCGACUGAGACGCCCAACAAUUUAACUGCAGUCACCUGGAAGUUCCUAUCAGAAUCUACAAAGAAGGACAAUCCGAUCAGAUUAUUUUACUACACUAAUUGGACACCGUAUCCUCAAAAGGAUGGUCAUUUUAAAGAGAGGGUUAUGUGGGCUGGAGAUCUUCGCAAAAACGAUGCCUCUAUUAAGAUCAAUAAUGCACAAUUCAACGAUAAUGGCACCUAUAUUUGUGAGGUUAUCAGUCCUCCAGAUGUUGAAGACAGUGUAAAGUCCAAUAAUCACAUUAAACUAAGGGUUUUGGAGAGAGAAAACCUUCCUGCGUCCAAUGCUCCGUUUUGGGUCGGUAUAAUUUGCGGAGUUAUAGGUGGCCUGCUUCUCAUUGCCAUCAUCGUAUUUGCGCUAGUUCUUUACAAGAAAAGAAAACAAAGAAAAUCCUACACUGGCUGCAGCCCCACAGAAAGUUUAACUCCUGUUAAGCAGCCUCCACGCAAGUCCCCCUCUGACACAGAGGCUCUGGUAGACAAGAUACCCUCUGGACCCAUUCAGAAACCAGUAAUAUACGUUCAGCUGGAUCACCCUGGAAACCCGAGCACCCAGAUAAAUAAAUCCGAAUCAGUUGUAUAUGCACACCUACGGCAGUGUAAUAAUGAAGGGGGGCCAGUAAUAUAUGCUCAGCUGGAUCACUCGGGAAAGUCUGGCAACCAGAUAAAUAAAUCGGAAUCUGUGGUAUACGCACACCUUCGAAAAAACUGCUGACUUUCCUGACAUUUACCAACGUUUUUGAGAAAGAACUUGGCGUGAAGAGAUUUCAUCGAGAAGCCACAUGCGGCCUUCAUGUGAUGUUCUAUGUAUACAGUACGGUGAAUCAGGCAGUGUAAUUAUGAAUGAAUAAUUGGACUAUAUUAUCUUUAAAAAAAGUGGUGGUUCCAUAACGGUGCCUUCGUUUUGUAAACAUAAGAUAAACUAAUAUGUAACACGUAUUCAAUUUCUGUUUUAAGAGAUCUAUUUAAUUUUUUUUUUUUUUUUUUUUUUUAGUUCCCAACUUCCUAAGCAGUUUAACCCGUUUUAUGCUUCUAAAAAACAUUUUUUUAUUCUGUUUUAUGUUCAUAGAUUGUUUAAUGCAAAGGUACUAUGAAUUAUACUCGUCUUAUGGAGUGCAGGGAAUUACCACAGUUUUACCCCAGGUACCACUAUAUAUAUGUUAUUGCUGGGGCUUUACAUUUAAUGUAUAGAAAAAAGCCAGUUAAAGGGGCACAUUCUGUAAUGUGUCUCCUUAAUGUGUUCCAAGCUAAGUGUUAUACCAGUUGCAUAGUAUUAAAUCUAUUAGCUUUUUAAAUUGCAAGAUUUAAUUUCCGUUUUUUUUCUGAUUGUAACCACCACCCAUAAAAAAAAAUAUCAUUUCCUAUGUUUUGGCCCUUUGUUUACAAAUAGAGAAAGAUCAGAGAGGCCUUUUGCUAUCUAUAGAUAAGGUAGCAGGUCUGCUGCUUUUCCUGAAGGCUCAAUCCAUUUUCUAUGAGCAUAUUCUCGAGAAAAAUGGGUGGAUAUUUCAAUGUGCAAAACCAGUUGUUUAAUAUACACAAAAUAAACCAAUAUGAACAAUAUCCUAUAUGUUUAAUACUCUGCAGCUUGUUUAACAAGUAAUUUGAAGCACAUUAAGUGGGCUGUGUCCCUUUUUAAUUCCUUUGCUAAAUAUUACCUUGUGCACAUACGAACACUACAAAAUUGCAAUAGCUUUACAUUUUUGUUUUUGUUUUUUAUUUUCUAUCUCGAUUUUGUUUUGGUGUUUUAAUAUUCUUCAAGAGGCGUUUUCCCCAUAUAGUAUACAGCUUUUGCCAUUCAUGUAAAUACUGUAUUUAAUCUUACUCAGAUCAACGCUGCAUGUCUGAGUGUGCUUUUAUCAUAUUUUUAUAUUUAAAUAAAACUGGAAACGGAAUGUUAAAGAUGUUCAGCAAAUUAGGAACAAGUACAGCAUUAAUCGGAGGGAUCGAUGGCAGUCACUAGUUCUGCAGAACACAAUUAUGUCUUUCUCUCACCUAAUCCUACAAUAUUAAAUCUAAAGGUAAAAAUGUAUUAAAUUCUAAUGAUGGUCUCAAAAGACACUUUCAAUAUAUAAACUGUACCGUAUUGUAAAUUUUUAAUAACCAAGUUUAAAACUUGUAUUGCCACUUGAGUGAUUGUGAUUUUUGAAUAUCUAGUUAGUUGUAAUUUAUUCAGUAUCUUUGCUCAGUUCUGGAGUAAAAAAACAGGGCUGUAUUUGUGUAAAAUAUGAAAUGUAAUAAAUGUGUUCAACUUCUGAGAAUUGGCGGUUACUAAACUACUCACAUUAACAGAGAGAAAAGAACAAACUUUAAGCAGGUAUAUUUUUAGAUAAACUUUUUAUCCAUGUGCUAUAAAUAUAUAUUUUUCUUUGUUCAUAAGAAUUGUUAUUUGUAAUAGAUAUGUUCAUAUCCAACUGGAAUUUUUUUUUUCAUGUAAUGUAUCCUUUAUUUGCAAUGGAUUUCCCCCCCCCCCUUGUCUCCAUAUAGCCUCCCUUUUGCAUUUGCAAGCAUUAUUUUACCAACUGGAAAGUGUCAACAUUCUUUGAAGUAACAUGUAAGCCAUACAUUUAUAUAAAUGUACAUGUGAAAAUAUUUUCUGUAUUUAUUAUAUCAAUUUAAAUACUGGAAUAAACAUACACAUAGUGAAA